AAGGAAUCCUACCAAAGAAAGCACAUAACACAGACGCUGGAUUCGACUUGUACUACCCAGGCAAAGAACCAUUUACCCUACUUUCCAACGAAACUACGGUAAUCGACUUAGGAAUCGCUGUAGAA